CAGUGUAGGAAUCGACCGUCCCUGAGCGCACACUGUUUGCAGGAGAGUACCAAGCGCCGCUCUCGGGAAAGGAACUAACGGUUUCUUUUUUUUUUUUUUUGGGCUCCCCGUCUGCGAUCUAACUACACGAACAAAUCGAGCCUGAUUCCGGGAAAGGGGGGCUCCCAUUACACGUUAUUGUUCUUACGAGGAGGAGGGAAGCGAGGGAUUGGAGCUGCAAGUUUUUUUUCUCGCCGCUUUUCUUUAUUUCUUUUCUCCCCAGCAAAAGGAUUCUGUGUUCGGGCUUGUGUGUGUUCCGCUCUCGCCGCAAAGAUGAUGGUCGGAGAGGUCGAAGUGAAGGAGCGACCGAGGCCGAGUCCGGACUAUUUGAUGCAAUUGUUGAACGAGAAGAAGCUUAUGACCAGUUUGCCCAAUCUCUGCGGCAUCUUCACGCACCUUGAGCGGCUUCUCGAUGAAGAGAUCAACAGAGUGCGCAAACACAUGUACAGCGACACAGUGAAUGGCCUUGUGGACAGACACCCUCUAGAGCUGCCAGAGCCUGCGGGACCCGUGGUCUACCUGCAGGAAAAACUGUUUGUGCCUGUUAAAGAGUACCCAGACUAUAACUUUGUGGGUAGGAUCCUGGGCCCUCGGGGACUCACGGCCAAACAGUUGGAAGCAGAGACGGGCUGUAAAAUCAUGGUGCGAGGCAAGAGCUCCAUGAGAGACAAAAAGAAGGAGGAGCAGAACAGAGGAAAGCCAAACUGGGAGCACCUAAACGAAGAGCUCCAUGUCCUGAUCACAGUGGAGGACACGCAAACCAGAGCUGAGAUUAAGAUGAGGAGAGCCGUGGAGGAAGUGAAGAAGCUCCUCGUACCAGCUGCGGAGGGUGAAGACAAUUUGAAGAAGAUCCAGCUGAUGGAGUUGGCCAUUCUCAACGGGACAUAUCGAGACAACAACGUCAAAGCUCCCACCCUUGCGUUCUCUCUUGCAGCGGCGGCAGCGGCCGCUCAGGGACCCCGCCUCAUAGCGACGCCCACAGGUCAGGUGUUGCCGCCCCAGGCCCUGCGGCCCCCGACUCCUGCCGGGGCCCCCAUCAUGAACCUCAUCCGGCCCACUCAGAUGGCUGCCAUGCUGCCCAAUGGCACCCCCACUCUGGUGCCGCCCACGCCGGACGGCGGGCUCAUCUACACCACCCCUUACGAGUACCCCUACGCCCUGGCACCCACCUCCCUGCUGGAGUACCCCAUCGAGCACAGUGCGGUUCUAGGUGCAAUGGCUACUAAAGUGAGACGGCAUGACACGCGGGUCCAUCCUUACCAAAGGAUUGUGACCGCUGACAGAGCCGCCACCGGCAACUAACACAUGACCUUCUGACCUCUGAACUCUUCACCCAAUGACGAGCCGCCCCAAGCCUGCCUGCUGAUCAGUUAACUGGUAAUUUGCCUUUCGCUAGCCUCUCGGACGCAAGUGACAGAGCGAGAGAGAGAGGGAAAGAAAGAGGGCGAAAUAAGAGGGAGGCGCCUACCCUAACAAAACCUUCACACAAACAUGACAAAAAAGUUGUGUAAUACGCCAUUAUUUUUAUGUUUUCAGCCCACCCCCUCCCCCACCACCCCCUCCCCUCCCCUUUCCUUCUGUUCAUUAAGUUCAGUUCCCAUUCGUUCUCUUUCUUUUUCUUCACGAGUCACACAGCGGGUGGGGUGUUUGUGGUGUUAAUCAUAAAUGUGCACUGAAGUUUAAUAGCAAUAAGAUGCCAACCAGAACCCACCCGUACCCGUGUGGGGGGGGUGAAUCAUCUAAUGUGGGUUUAGAAUGGCAACACAAUGCCCCUCAAAAAAAAAGAAAAAGAAACAGAAGGAAAGAGAACACUCACGCUCUUAACUUGGAUUUUCUGUCAACAUGUUAGUGUGGUGCUCUUACUAGGAGCGAGCUGACACAUUCUGGGUGUGCCGCCCUUUUAGCCUUGCCCCCAACAGCUUUCUGUCUGAUUGGUGAAACACAUGCAUGGCUGUCGUGAUUGCAAACAAUACGCUUUGUUUUUUUUCUCCUUCUUUUAUAAUCUGUGUGUUUCAUUUUUUGGGGGAAUCUGCGCUUAAUUUUCUGUUCACAUGUUUUAUUUUGUUUAUUUUUUUUUUUACUAGCAGCAGGGGCGGGUGGGUGUUUUUCUGUCACGCAAAAAAAGAGGCAGCCUGCUAACGCUAAGAUGGGAUGGUUAUAAUUUGGAAUGAAGGGUUUAUGUAUGUGUGUGUGUGUGCUUGUGUGCUUUCUUUUAUGUUUUUCUUUUAAAUACUAUAAUGAAAGUAGGGUGUUAUGAGGCUUUGGGGCAUCCCCUCUCCCCCCGCCACCCCCAAUCACACUACAUUCAUUUAACAGUGCCUGAUGCAUUUAGAACAAAACAAAUGAGUUCGCUUAAGCUGUGAUGAUCAAAAAGACAAAAAAAAAACAAGUAUUAAGUGUGUGUAUUUAGCCAAAGGGUUUCCUAUGAAUUAUUGUUAUGAUUAUUAUACAUCUGCGAUUAUGCAUCUGUCUCGCAGAGGGUGUGGUUUUAAAAGUUUGCAAAGGUGUGAAUUUGUGGUGCCUGCCUUCAGCUGGAUGAGGCAACCAGUCAGUUAGCGUUUUCAUUUUGGAUUUGGAUUUGAAAAAACACAACACUAAAACAACUAUGAGAUUACCGUAAUUACUAGAAAUGAAGGGCACUCGCUUUUUUUUUUAUUUUUCCUAUGCCACGUUGCCAGUUUUUGGGGGGCGUUUUUAAUGAUUAUAUUCGGCCAAUUUAGUCACAUGGGAACGCGCCAACCUGAAGGCGCAUCCACAAUGUGUCACACCUCUCGGGCCCCCCCACCCCCCCACCCCUCCACCCCUUCCACAAGUUUUGUUGAACUCUCAAGAAAAAAAAAAGGAUGUGAAAGCCAUGCCUGCCUGUUUAAAUUGCUUUAUACAUACGUCUUUUAUAUAUAUAUAUAUAUGUGUGUGUGUGUGUGUGUGUGUGUGUGUAUACAUAUAUAUCCAUAUAUGUGUGUGUAUAAAUAUAUAUACAUAUGUAUAUGUGUGUGUAUGUAUGUAUGUGUGUAUAUAUAUACACACACACACACACACACACACACACACACACACACACUAAUGUAGAUACGCCAUUGCAUAUAUAAAUACAGAAGCGAACAAAAAAAAGAUAAUUUUACAGGGUGCUGGUGUAGAGAGAAAAAAAAUCUAUUUUUGGCAAUUUUAGCUUUUGAUACUUUACUUGCAGAUACAAAAUCUGGGGAAAAAAAAUGACAAAAAAUGGGUGAGGAAGUGCAAAUGCUGUUGGCCUGGAUUUGACUGGAAAGGAAGUGUUUUUAAAGGAAAAAAUAGACAAAAAAAAAAGAAGUGCCUUAUCGAGAGUGGUUUCUGUUUUUCUGAUUAGUCCAGUUGUGUUCAGUAAGUGAAAAAGACAAAAAAUUCCAGCACCCACCCAAGAUGGCGCAGCAGAGCGGAGCGGCUCGUGUUUUGUUUUAUUUUUUAUUUUUUGCCGCCCCCGCCGCCGCCGCCGUCGUCGUUACUCUAUGCAACCAGAAUUAGCUAACCAGCUAACUAUGUGCCAUGGGUUUUUUUUUUUUUUUUGUCUUCCUCAGAUUAGUUUUUGGUUUUUUUGUUACUUGACGGCCCUUUACUCUGCUGUGUGAGCAGGCUUCUGAUUUGAAAGAAUCACACCAUUGUUUUCUUUUUUGCGUGUGCGCGUGACUUAACUUCCUAGAAGAAACGGAGCUGCCGGUAGCAACGCAGUAGGACACAUUCGAGUCGAUCAUGAGCUGAGAAAAAUACAUCCACAGUGUUUGUUUCGACGCCAAUUGAAACAACGUCGUAAUAUCAACAUUUAUUAUCUGUUAUUAGCUGUUUCGUUCAUGGCUUUCUCAUCAAGCCGUUGCACCGAAAGGUCAAUGAAAUUCUCUUUUCUUCCAGUGUUAUUCUUCUUCUGAUAUUAUUUAGAAAAAUUGAAAUGCAAUAUUAAAAGCGGAGACGGCUAUUCAGCAUUUGACAGUAUUACCCGAAUUCUCUCCGCGAUGUUACGCGCUACGGUGUCAUUGUGUUCGGCUGUCCAUCAGGUGGAAAGUUGAAAGACGUUACCGACCGUAUUCUCUUCUCUUGGCCUGCCUAUUACACAUGUAUGAUAAUGUAAUUAACAGCCAUUGUUACAGGUUUAUAAUGUAUUUUUCUAAUCUCAUUUUAUAUGUAUAUUAAUCAUGUUUCUGAGUGCUUUUUUUAUGACCCCCCCUGUCCCCCAAACCCUUCCUUCUCCUCCCCCUGCCCUGCCUCCUUCACUUUUUUAAGUGUCUCUGGUGGGGAGUGUUGCCUUCCCCCCCCACUCCCCUGUUAAAAUUAUAUUUUGUUUCAAUGCCCAGCUUGUUUAACUCAUUAGCUACUUGAUUAGUUUUUUUUCCUUGUCAUAAGUAUUUUUACAUGCUUGCCAUUUAGUUUUCAUGGUGUAUGCUGUUAUUUUUUUUUUCUUAUUAACCUCUUGGCAUUUAUUUUAAUAAAACAUUCUUAGUAAGAAUUUUACUAACUCGCUGA